AUGGCUCUGAAGCGGAUACAGAAAGAAUUACAAGAUCUGGGUAGAGAUCCUCCAGCACAGUGUAGCGCAGGACCUGUUGGUGACGAUCUUUUUCAUUGGCAAGCUACUAUAAUGGGCCCACCGGAAUCUCCAUAUCAGGGUGGCGUAUUUUUCUUGACAAUUCAUUUCCCAACGGAUUAUCCAUUUAAGCCACCAAAGGUAGCGUUUACUACUCGUAUUUAUCACCCAAAUAUCAACAGUAAUGGUAGCAUCUGCUUAGAUAUUUUACGUUCUCAGUGGUCACCCGCUCUCACUAUUUCAAAAGUGUUAUUGUCCAUCUGUUCACUUUUAUGUGAUCCAAAUCCUGAUGAUCCAUUGGUACCUGAGAUUGCACGCAUUUACAAGACGGAUCGAGAACGAUAUAAUCAGCUAGCUCGUGAAUGGACUCAAAAAUACGCAAUGUGA